CGCGGGCAGCGCGGGAAUCGCCAUAAAGCGGGAGCUGCUACAACGGCAACGUUCGACCCUCCGAGCGGUGGCACCGGGGCAGGGCGGCCGGGCAGGGCAGCUGCAGGUGUGGUGUGGCAGCCAGAGCGUGACCAUGGCAGCCGAGGUUUACAGCCCCUCCAAAGGGGGCCUUCUGGCUCUGUCAGAAGGCUCAGUCUUUGCUCGCUUGGAUGACUCUGACAAGCUGAGUAGAUCCUACCCCUGGGUGAGCGGGAGCAGGAAAAGUCAGCUUUCUGACCUCUGCCGGCUGAGAGCAUCUCUGCCUGGGGAGGAAUGGAGCUCAUAUUGCUUGUCUUCACUAGCAGCUCGUAACAUUUGUACCAGCCAAACUGGUAACUCGUGGGCUCGGUGGGCUUCGGCCUCUCCAUCUACGUCCAUCAGAGAUUCAGCUUCUUGCUCCUUUUUGCACGCCCUCGCUGCGGAGGAAUGCAGCCAGCACGUCCCAGCUGCUGCGCGCAAUCCAAACAAAGCCAUCUUCACUGUGGACGUCAACACCACAGAGAUCCUAGUGGCUAAUGACAAAGCCUGCAAGCUGCUUGGGUGCAGUAGUCAGGAACUCAUUGGUCAAAAGUUGUCCCACUUGAUAUCCAAAUCCAGCCAGGAGGUGUGGGAAGCCGGGGGUGAGGACUACAUACAAAUGGAUGAAUGCUUUUCAAUGGUUUCGGGAACAGUGGUGGAUGUCAUCGGCCGCCUUAAAGAGAAGAUCCCCGUCUCGGUGUGGCUGAGGCGAAUAAGAAGCAAGGACAGCCAGUGUUGUGUGGUUGUGCUGGAACCAGUGGAAAGACUUUCAACUUCUGUUUCCUUCAGGGCUGAUGGAGAGAUUACAUCAUGUGACCUCCUUUUUGCCCAUCUCCAUGGCUACCUAAUGUUGGAAGAAGUAGUUGGGCUCCACAUAAAGGACCUGAUUCCUUCUUUGCAGAUUCCUCCUCUAGGCAGAAAAAUCCCAAAGACCCUCAGGAUGCAGCGAGCUGUGGGCCGGUCCAGAGAGGGUAACGUGUUUCCUCUCAGUUUAACGCUGAGAGUGAGCCUUCUAGAGGAGGACCAAGCGGCAGGGCAGGAAGCUGGCAUUCCACAGACUGAAGGCGAUGGCUUUUUCACAGGCUAUCAUUACUCUGCCACAGUUGUUGUUUUCUCCACCAUCAGUGGUCUCAUCACUGUCCGUUCAGAUGGAACCAUCUGUGGUAUCAAAGACAGCUUUGCUUUAAUGCUCUUUGGCUAUGAGAAGAAGGAACUGUUGGGAAAGAACAUUACAUUCCUGAUCCCUGGUUUCUAUAACAACAUGGAGAGAAGCAGUGACUGUUCUUUGCCAUUACCUCCUCUCGACGACUCCGUGGGGACAGAGAGCGGGUGCAUCUUUGAAACUGUUACUGCAUCCUCUACAGCUGGCUCAGGCUGCUGGAACAAAGACAGCAACUUCUUACCCGGGCCUCUAGCAAGCCCUCUGUCAAGAGAUGAAGAGCAGAAAUUCGAAGGAAGACACAAAGAUGACAGAUUAAUACAUGAUGAGAUUAAUCGAAAGAAUGGAACCAGUUUAUUUUCUAUUCCCUCACCUCUUGCAGUGACAUCCAUGCCCUCUAAGAGCGAAGGCAGCGUUGCUACCGACAGGCUGUCAGCCCACCCUGGAGAGCCUUCCCCUGGCGCCUGGCUUGACAGAAUCGGAGCAGUGAAACCAUGUAGAACAGAGGAGACAGCAGGAUUGGAUACUGCUCAAAAGAUGCUCUCUGCAAGGCGCUCUCCCACAUCAUCUGAUUCAGAGCACUUUGAUUUAGGUCAGAACAUGGAGACUGCAGAAAGAAGCAGUGACAAUGCAUUGUCUGGUGCAUCUGAGACUCAAAAUGCCAGUGAAACCGGUGUCUCACCUAACCAAUUACAAGAUCAUCAUCAAGACCUCAAGGAAGUCAAUUGUCAGCAGAUCUGUAGGUUGCUGUAUGAAAUGCCAAAGCAUCAGCACUCCACUGAUGCCUGGGGACAAGCUUCUUCAGUAAAUGUUGCUGGGCAGCCUUUUUGUUCUAGGCUAGAAGACAAUUUAGUUACCACACCCUAUGGCCCAAUUCAGCCGCCUUCUGAUAUUCCUCGUAACUCACCUGGAACACCAACAAUGGAUGAGUUGUGGUCUGGAGCAACCCUGGACUGCAGACAAGACUGUCAAAGCCACGUGGUUACAGGGCAGUUGUCAAAAAACUUGAUGUGUGAUGCAAAGCAUUCCAGCCUUGAGCACGCUGUUAAUGAAAACUGCCUGCAAAACAAUGCUCCAUCCUUCUUUGCAGGUGGAAGAAAUAAUAACCAUGCUGUUUGCUCAGGGGAUCGAACGGGUUGCGGUCGUUGUGCACCAGGGAUUGCCACGGCCCAUGAAGAUGCUGAAGAAGCUGAUGCUGGGCUGAACUGUAUUUGCUCUGGUCUUGAGGUACUGGGUCUGAAUAGCAGCGUCAAGGGGAACUCAGACAAUCGUGUGGGUAUCCCUGCAGCUCUUGUGGAAGCACCCUCCUCUAAGGAUUCAGCUGCAGGCAACGUGCUACCUCAGAAAAACAGUGCCUUUCCAACUGGGCAUGAAAAGCAGCUGUUGAAUGAUGCUGCCAUAGAAGAUGGUUCUGGGUCCCUCGCCUCCCAAAGGCGUUUAGAAAACUCUGGAGAAACCUCCAAAGCAUUUCUGGAGAAGCCCAAAGCUCUCACAGAGACUCUGGGGGACAGCGUCAACGGAAACCCACUGGAAAGCAAAGGUAGUCCUGGAGAAGACUGUCAGUGGCAUGGGCAGCAAAAUAUGGAGAUAAAAGUAACAUCAACCCCAGUGAAACAAGAAGUAAGGCUGGAUCCAGCAGCUCCCUUGGCCUCGGGGAUUCUGGAAGGCACCUAUUCUGGGAAUUGCUGUCACAGAGAUGGUUCACAAUUAAGUGUACUCUUUGAGGUGAAAUGUGUGGAACUGCAGGACACUGACGUGCUUUUCUGCAUCUGGGUGGUGAAAGACCUGCAGAGCCAGAGAGGAGCCAUAGCGAAGGCUCAGCUCCUGCGCUCCAGCCUGGCAAGCUCUGCCCAGUCUGUUGCAGAUCUUUCUAUACAGAGCCUCGAAGAAGCCAUCGGAUCAACUUCACUUUUUGAGACUUCCCGAAGAGCUGAAGACCUUGAAGGAUUAAGGGCAUGUGAAGGAGAAUACGCAAACAAUUACAGCACUCUCAGUCUUGUUGGCAAAGGAUCUUUUGGCUUUGUCUGGACUGCCAGGGGCAAGAAAGAUCAUCAGGAGGUUGUGGUGAAGUUCAUCUGGAAGGAGAAGGUGCUUGAGGACUGCUGGGUAGAUGAUCCUGGUUUGGGGAGAGUUACUCAAGAAAUCGCAAUCCUGUUGAAGCUGCAGCACCCCAGUAUCAUUCAGGUGCUGGAUGUAUUUGAAAAUGAGCACUUCUUCCAGCUGGUGAUGGAAAAGCAUGGAUCUGGUCUGGAUCUCUUUUCAUUCAUUGAUAACCAGCCCAAUUUGGAUGAGCCAUUAGCGAGCUAUAUAUUCAGGCAGCUUGUAUCAGCUGUUGGCUAUCUCCACUGUAGAAACAUCCUUCACAGAGAUAUCAAGGAUGAGAACAUUGUCAUUGCUGAAGAUUUCACCAUUAAAUUAGUGGACUUUGGUUCAGCUGCCUACCUGGAACCCGGCAAAUUGUUUUAUACGUUCUGUGGGACGAUUGAAUACUGCUCACCAGAAGUGCUGUCUGGUAAACCGUACCGUGGCCCUGAGCUGGAGAUGUGGUCACUUGGUGUCACUCUCUAUACCCUCGUGUUUGGGGAGAACCCCUUCUGUGAGCUGGAGGAGACCGUGGCAGCUGUCCUGAACCCUCCUCGGCCUGUGUCAAAAGGUCUCAUGGAUCUGAUUGCUGGGCUCUUGCAUCCCGUUCCAGAGCAGCGCACAACUCUGGUGAUGUUGGUGGGGGAUCCCUGGCUGCAGCAGCCCGUUCACCUGGGUAAUUACACCUGGGAAGAGGUGUACCUUUCUGCUGAGACAGAAAGCGGCAGAUUCAGAAGCAAUUCUGGUGAGUGCGCACACGGAGAUGGGCUCCGAGCUCUGAGGGAGCCGUGCUUGAAGGCUCCCGACUGCGAGCCUGCAGCUCCCCACCGGGAAGAAGCAGCGGCUGUGGAGUGCCCAGGCUUGACCCUGGGGCAUCGCUGCCAUCCCAGCCCAACUCCCGCCCUGUGGAGCGAUGGCUCCUGUACCACAGGACACAAACUCUCCAUCAGGAACCACAGAAAUUCAGUGGAAGUGCUUCUUUUUUGUAGGAACAUGCGUUGGCUGUCCCUGAGCAGGAGGCAGGGCAGCCCUGGGCUAGAAAAGCUUCUUGCUAAUAAGUAUUUGUAAUUGCUCUUAUACAGGACAUGUUUUAAAUCUGAGAGGCAAAGGGCAUAAUGUCUUAUUUAAAUUGUUCAUAGCCCAGAAUAUAUUUUUAUUGGCUGUUUUUAUAAGCUUUUUACACAUAGUUUCCCUCUUUCUGAAACGUGAAUGAAUAAACGCCUUGUCUGCC